UAGCAGUGUCUCACCAAGCCAAUCCAGUAGCUCCUUGUAACACGUGGAAGAGAGGGGUUCAGGAGCUAAGCUGGUGCAGCUCACUACACUAGUUACUGGUGCCCUGAACAAGGAGAGGGACUGAUGUUGUGGGAUCUUGUAAUACCCCAAAGGCUUCUACACUCUCACACUCAGCUGCAGCCUGCAGAUCAGCACUGACACCACUGCCAGAUAAAGGGAAAAGGCACAAAAACCAAGCAAACCAUGAGCAGUCAGUAUCAAGAAGAGACUUCCGAAAGGCUGGAAUCAAAAAGUAAAUCCCCUACGCUCCUCUCCUCCUACUGCAUAGACAGCAUUCUGGGCAGGAGGAGCCCCUGCAAAAUGAGACUGCUGGGGACACAAACUUUACCAUCUCUAGUUAAUAGGACUGAGCAAGACAAAACUUUGGAAGGAUCUCCAAACAGCAACGCUACAUUUGAGGCUGAACUACAUCUACCCCCUAAACUGAGGAGAUUGUAUGGCCCUGUUGGAACCAGUGGCCGUUUGCAUCUCCAGACUCUACCGGAACCCAGAUCUGGAAUUUCAAGGUCAGAAAAGACUGACAGACUCUUGCUUUUAGGAGGGGAGAGCAGCUGGGAUAACCACAGUCUCAAGAUCAGCCAGGCCCCUCAGGUCAGCAUCAGUCGCAGUAAAUCCUAUAGAGAGAAUAGCGCCCCCCUACUGCGAGAAGACCAGAGCCCUGAAGGUCUCCAGCAGCAGCAAAUUCAGACAGGUUCCACCACCUCUUGCACUUCUCUGCAGGACAGAUUGGGGACACUUUCACAAAGUCCUGUUGAUGAGGAAGAGGAUGAUGAAGAGGAAGAUGAGGAAGAAGAGGAAGAAGAUGAAGAUGAAAUGGAGAAGCAACACAAUAUUAACAACACCAGCAACUCCAACAGAGGAUUGAUGAAAGACCAGCACUCAACGUUUCAGCAACAACAGCAGCAGCAGCAGCAACCACAACAACCUAGCUGCGGAGUUGAUGGGGACUUGUCUCCUAAAGACGAGCUUCUUCUCCACACCUCAGAUGGUGAUGGUAAAGAUGGUGAGGACAGUGUUUGCCUUUCAGCUGGAAGUGACUCUGAGGAGGGCAUGAUGAAGCGGAAACAGAGGAGAUACAGAACCACAUUCACCAGUUACCAACUAGAAGAACUGGAGCGGGCCUUCCAGAAAACACACUAUCCUGAUGUCUUCACCAGGGAGGAACUUGCAAUGCGCCUGGAUCUGACUGAAGCCAGAGUGCAGGUGUGGUUCCAAAAUCGCAGAGCCAAGUGGAGAAAGAGAGAAAAGGCUGGAGCUCAAACACAUGCCCCAGGCCUACCUUUUCCAGGACCCUUGUCAGCCACCCACCCUCUCAGCCCCUACCUGGAUGCCAGCCCAUUCCCUCCUCACCACCCUGCUUUGGACUCAGCAUGGACAGCGGCUGCUGCUGCGGCAGCUGCUGCCUUCCCAAGUCUACCUCCCCCACCGGGCUCCACGUCAUUAUCACCAAGCGGAACACCUUUGGGGCUCAGCACCUUUUUGGGGGCAGCUGUGUUUCGGCACCCAGCCUUCAUCAGCCCUGCGUUCGGCAGACUUUUCUCUACAAUGGCCCCCCUAACCAGUGCUUCCACUGCUGCAGCUCUGCUAAGACAACCUACCCCUGCUGUGGAGAGUGCAGUGCAGUCCAGUGGGUUAUCAGACCCAGUAACAGCUGCAGCAGACAGACGGGCUUCUAGCAUAGCAGCCCUUAGGUUAAAAGCUAAGGAACAUGCAGCACAGCUGACACAGCUCAAUAUAAUCCCUGGAAACAGCACCGGGAAAGAGGUAUGCUAAGCAAACAGCGCAUCACCAAGCACCCUAUCAAGACCAAAUGGAAUGGAAGCUAAAACAAAAGUGGACCAGUGACUAUUGGACUUUGUGUGUCCUCUUAGGAACUUUGACGAACGAGAAACACUUUUAUCAGGCAAAAAAAAAAGUAAUGCAUUUUAGUAAUAACAAAUGUAACUUUUAUGCAGCUCCUGAGCAGUAAAACCUUGGCACAUCCUCAACUGUAAAUCUGGUUAUUUCCACAAUAGGAGCAAAAUGGUAUAUUAAACAUUUGGCUACCAGAGAGGGCUGCACCAUAUUGCAUAGCCCGAGUUCCCAUUCUCUCUGGUAGCUUGAGCGUUAAAAAAAAAAAACAAUCUUAUUAUUAACUGCAAAAUAUUUUAAUUUUCCUUUUGGUUAUGCCUAGAGUAUUUACAUAAUACAACAUUCCCACAAUGCUUAACCAUCACCAAUCUGUAAACAUUUAUGGUAUAAAUGUUAAUAAGCAAAUAUUGUCAGUGCACUUAAAUCAAUUUUUUUUCUUUCUUCUUGAUAUAUUCUACCAUAAAACAACCAAGGUUUUUUUUUUCUUAAUACCAAACCAAAGGGAAAUGAACUGUCAGAUAUAUGGACUGUUUUAGUCACUAAACUGUGAUUAUUAAUUCUGUACAUAAUAACAUUGUUAUAAAAAAAAAAUAAUGAAACAGAGCUUUGUAUAUUUGAAAUGUUAUAAAAAAAAAAAAAGAAUUGCACUCAUUGUAGUGUUGUAAAAGUUUGUCAAACUGUAGAAUUCUAUCUGUGUUGUAGAUACCACAAGGUUCCCGGCACAAAUAUUUAUGUACAAACCCAUUUAUUUAACUUAUUAACUGUAGAGGUUUCUAAAACCUUCAAGCCAAUGCUACCGUUCUUGUGUAUUGUUGUUUAUUGUCAACAUUUUUCCUUGCUCUCAUUUGGAAGAGUGUCCCACUCAGAAUAAAAACAAUCUAUAUGUUUAACAAAAACAAGGCUGUAACAAAUGUAUAUUCUUUAAUGCAAACGUCACAAUGCUGUAAUUAACAAACACAUCAAUGUGGCUUGUUAUUUAUUAACAGAAUAAUAUGACACUGUGACUGCUGGCCUAAUCCAGCAACUUAAAUGUAACCCUUUGACUGCCAGAGAGGUCUUCAACGUCUUGCUACUACAAAGGGUUAAUAAAGCUUUUAGCUACACUGUACUAUUCUGAACAUUGUACUUUAAAAUCCCUUCUGGGAAUGAUUCCAAUAAAACUAUAUAUAUUUCACCA